AUGGCUUUUAAGCUGUGGGAGCGCAUCUCCCAAGCGGACAAUGUAUUUCAGGCUUUGCGUCCGCUGACAUACAUCUCCCUGCUGGGCCUGGCUCCGUUUCGCCUCAAUCUGAAUCCGCGGAAGGAAGUGCAGACAUCCACAUACUCAUUCGUCGCCGGUAUCUUGCACUAUCUGUUCUUCGUGUUGUGUUUCGUGACAUCUGGCCUGGAGGGCGACUCCAUAAUUGGCUACUUCUUUCAGACGAAUAUUACGCGGCUGGGCGAUAAAACCCUGCGUCUGACUGGUAUCCUCGCCAUGUCCACCAUCUUUGGCUUCACGAUGUUCAAGCGGCAACGUUUGGUCAGCAUUAUACAGAACUACAUUGUGGUGGAUGAGAUAUUCGUACGGCUGGGCAUGAAGCUGGACUAUCGUAGGAUUCUGUUGUUUAGUUUCCUAAUUUCCCUGGGCAUGCUGCUGUUUAACGUCAUCUACUUGUGUGUGAGCUAUGGCCUGCUGGUGAGUGCCACUAUAUCGCCCUCGUUCGAGACCUUCACUACGUUCGCCCUGCCCCACAUAAACAUCAGCCUAAUGGUCUUCAAGUUUCUAUGCACCACGGACUUGGCCAAGAGUCGUUUUAGCAUGCUCAACGAAAUCCUGCAGGACAUUCUGGAUGCACACAUCGAGCAGUACAACGCCCUGGAGCUCUCGCCCAUGCAUUCGGUGGUGAAUCACAAGCGAUACUCGCAUCGUCUGCGAAAUUUUAUCAGUACUCCGAUGAAGCGGUACAGCGUGACUUCCAUAAUACGCCUGAAUCCGGAAUAUGCCAUCAAACAGGUGUCGAACAUCCACAAUCUGCUGUGCGACAUUUGCCACACCAUCGAGGAGUACUUCACCUAUCCGCUGCUCGGCAUUAUAGCCAUCUCCUUUCUGUUUAUACUCUUUGAUGACUUUUACAUCCUCGAAGCGGUCCUGAACCCCAAGCGACUGGAUGUCUUUGAGACGGAUGAGUUCUUUGCCUUCUUCCUCAUUCAAAUGAGUUGGUAUAUUGUCAUAAUCAUACUGAUUGUGGAGUCCAGUAGUCGAACUAUUCUGGAAAGCAACCAAAGUGCAGCCAUUGUUCACAAGAUCCUCAAUAUCACCGAUGAUCCAGAGCUGCGCGAUCGUCUGUUCCGGCUCUCAUUGCAGCUCUCCCACAGGAGAGUGCUCUUCACAGCCGCAGGACUUUUUCGCUUGGACCGCACGCUCAUAUUUACAAUAACUGGCGCCGCCACUUGCUAUCUCAUUAUACUCGUUCAAUUCCGCGCCACACAUCACAUGGAAGACGCAGUCGGCGCAAAUGCUUCUCACAUUCACUUUCUCCAUGAUUAG